AUGGUGAGACUCAAACCGAGUUUCUGGGUCUUCCUAAUUUCGAUCGCGCUUUUGUCAACUCAGUUCGGGGUUUCGGUUGGAUCCCAAUCAACUAAGCAAGCUUACGUGACGCUUCUGUAUGGAGAUGAGUUCCUAUUGGGAGUUAGGGUAUUGGGGAAAUCGAUUCGGGACACUGGAUCCAAGAAGGAUAUGGUCGUUUUGGUCUCUGAUGGCGUCUCUGAUUACUCUAAGAAGCUACUCAAGGCAGAUGGAUGGAAAGUAGAGAAGAUUAGUUUACUGGAAAAUCCGAAUCAAGUUCAUCCGAAGAGGUUCUGGGGUGUCUACACGAAGCUGAAAAUUUUCAACAUGACUGAGUACACAAAAGUUGUGUAUCUUGAUGCGGAUACUAUUGUGGUAAAGAACAUUGAGGAUCUAUUUAAGUGUUCAAAGUUUUGUGCCAACCUAAAGCACUCGGAGAGACUGAACUCUGGAGUCAUGGUUGUGGAACCAUCCGAAGCUCUUUUCAAUGACAUGAUGAGACAAGUGAAGACUUUGUCAUCUUACACAGGGGGAGACCAGGGCUUCUUGAAUUCGUACUAUCCAGACUUUCCUAAUGCUCGUGUUUUCGAUCCUAGUGUAUCCCUCGAAGAUUUAAAAACUAGACCGGUUCCUCAGAUGGAGAGGCUUUCUACGUUAUACAAUGCAGAUGUUGGUCUUUACAUGCUUGCUAACAAGUGGAUGGUGGAUGACAGUAAGCUUCAUGUUAUUCACUACACGCUAGGCCCUCUUAAGCCUUGGGACUGGUGGACAGCUUGGCUCGUGAAGCCUGUUGAUGCUUGGCAGAGCAUCAGAGUAAGGCUUGAGGAGUCUCUUCCUGGAACCGGAGGUGGCAAAAAUCCAAAGGACGAACUCGCCAUCAAGCUCCUUUUCUUGUUACCCCUUUGUACACUCUUGAUCUGCUUUUAUCGAUUUUCAUCCGAGGGACGUGAGUUCUUGGGAUCGUUGUGCCGUAGCUCAGUUUGCAAUCAGAUCAGACAUCUUUAUUACAGAAUCAGAUCUAAUGGAACACUUGGUUAUAGUGGUGUAUCUACAUUGUCAUCCAUGAAUUCCAACUAUCAACUUCACAAUGGGGCACACUCAAAGGUUCCGCAAUGGUUGGGGGCAGUCUCGGUCGUAGUAUGUUUUGUAGCUGUUCUGACAUCUAUCGGAUUUUCCUUUGCAAUCGUGCCAAGGCAGAUCAUGCCAUUGACUGGUCUGGUUUUGCUUUACGAGUGGACCUUUACUCUCUUCUUCCUUUUAUUCGGCGGCUUCCUUCUUUUGGUACACCAGUAUGGCAAGAGAAUCGCAACUCAAACAGGGUCUCUUUCAUCUCAAACAGAAUCUUCCUUGGAUGAUUCCGGAAAAGGUCAUCAGCGUGCAGGUCAGUCUUGCGACGUGACUACUUGGUACUACGGAUUAGGGAUGGUAUUUUUGGCCAUUGCUGCCGUUUCUCUACCAUACAUUUUAGGGAUCAGCGCUUUGUUUUUGAGGCUAGGUCUGAUGGUAGCUGGAGCGAUGGUUUUAGCAUCGUUCAUGACGUAUGGUUCCGAGCACCUCGCGAUCAGAUGGUUCAUGAAAGGCCUAGAAGACCGCGACACGACAAGAACAAGGGCCAUCUGCUUCAUAUGCUGACACGAAUUUUCGCCGAAAAAAGACUCUCGAAUGUAGGUUUACAGGCACAACCAAAUGACCUUUUUAUUUAUAUGUUUGGAGCUGUGGGUUUUGUUGUUCUGUCUGUAAUAUUGUUUGUGUCCGAACAAAAACUGUGCAAUCCAUAAAAAUCGAUUUUUUUUUU